GGACGACUCGCUGGUAGAAGGAACGCUUGCUGGAGAAGGGACAGCCCAAGGAGCGGCGAGAAAGCUCCGGUGGCUGCAGUCCCGCGUGACGCCCCUCGCUCGUUCCAAAGAGCAGUGUUUUUGUUUCACGCACACAGAGACUCAGGGUCGGGCUCUUUCCUCGAAAGCCACCGCCGCCGCCCUUGCCUUGGGCACCCAAGCACAGACAAAGAGCACCGGAACGACUUGCACGCUGGGGGCUCUGAGGUCGGCCAUGGUCAUGGAGGUGGGCAUCCUGGACGCCGGGGGCCUGCAGGCGCUGCUGCGGGAGCGCGCGGGGCAGUGCCUGCUGUUGGACUGCCGCUCCUUCUUCGCCUUCAACGCGGGCCACAUAGCCGGCUCGGUCAACGUGCGCUUCAGCACCAUCGUGCGACGUCGGGCCAAGGGCGCCAUGGGCCUGGAGCAUAUCGUGCCCAACGCCGAACUGCGCGGCCGGCUGCUCGCCGGGUCCUACCACGCCGUGGUGUUGCUGGACGAGCGCAGCGCCGCCCUGGAUGGCGCCAAACGCGACGGCACCCUGGCUCUGGCGGCCGGUGCGCUCUGCCGCGAGGCGCGCGCAGCGCACGUCUUUUUCCUCCAAGGAGGUUAUGAAGCGUUUUCAGCUUCCUGCCCAGAGCUGUGCAGCAAACAGUCUACCCCCAUGGGGCUCAGCCUUCCCCUGACGGCGAGUGUCCCCGACAACACGGAAUCCGGAUGCAGCUCUUGCAGCACCCCGCUGUACGAUCAGGGUGGCCCAGUGGAGAUCUUGCCCUUCCUGUACCUGGGCAGUGCCUACCACGCUUCCCGCAAGGACAUGCUGGAUGCCUUGGGUAUCACCGCCUUGAUCAACGUCUCUGCCAAUUGCCCUAAUCACUUUGAGGAUCACUAUCAAUACAAGAGCAUCCCCGUGGAGGACAACCACAAGGCGGACAUCAGCUCGUGGUUCAACGAGGCCAUUGACUUCAUAGACUCCAUCAAGAAUGCAGGAGGGAGAGUGUUUGUGCACUGCCAGGCGGGCAUCUCCCGCUCGGCCACCAUCUGCCUUGCUUACCUCAUGAGGACUAACCGGGUCAAGCUGGACGAGGCCUUCGAGUUUGUGAAGCAGAGGCGGAGCAUCAUCUCCCCCAACUUCAGUUUCAUGGGCCAGCUGCUGCAGUUCGAGUCCCAGGUGCUGGCCCCGCACUGCUCAGCUGAGGCCGGCAGCCCCGCCAUGGCUGUGCUCGACCGAGGCGCCUCCACCACCACCACCGUCUUCAACUUCCCCGUCUCCAUCCCUGUGCACCCCACGAACAGUGCCCUGAGCUACCUGCAGAGUCCCAUCACCACCUCUCCCAGCUGCUGAGAGGCCGGGGACAGGGUGAGGGAGUGCCAUGCCCACAUUCCCA